CCUAACAUUGCCACCACCUAUAGUGCUGUGGGAUUUUCUGCAGUUAUGACCAAACAUGCUUUCAAGAGUGACGGAUCUGUAGUCCUUUACGACAAAAUCCUUACAAACAUACGCAGUGGCUAUGAUGCCACCACUGGAACAUUUACAGCACCUGUUGAAGGAACGUACGUUUUCCACUUCUAUGCACUGGCAUCUUUAAACAGCAUCAUAUGGAUUGAGCUGUUUCACAACAACCAAUACGUUGUGUCAUCAUACGGAUAUACCAAUGGGUCUUAUGCGAGUUCCGGUAAUACCGUAGUACUUCGACUUCAUAUAGCAGACACUGUAAAGAUCAAAACUAGGCGUGGAACUGAUGUAAAGCUGUAUGGGGCUUCUGGACAAUAUUACGCCUCCUUCUGUGGAGCCUUAUUGUCACCAUCCCUUCAUGAAGAGGGUUCAAAUACACAGCAUGAAAUAGCUUUCUCUGUCGGACUUUCCCAUUCGGAGUCUGCAGCUGAUAGUCCAAACGUAGUGUUCAAUAGAGUUUUCGUCAAUCUUGGACAAAACUUUAAUGUUAACACAGGAAUAUUUACUGCCACAGUACCUGGAAUCUACGCUUUUCAUUACCAUGCAACGGCUCAGAAAGGAAAGAGCAUUUGGAUGGAGCUAUACCGUAACUAUAUUUACGUCAACUCACUCUAUGGUUCCAUUAUCGGAGAUGUUGGGCCUGGAGGUAACUCCGCAGUUCUUGAGCUUGUUGCCGGAGAUACGGUGUAUCUGGAUAUUCAACAUCAUGGCUCUUUCCUCUAUGGAGAGAGAGAUCGUAUUUAUGCAACUUUUUCUGGUUAUCUUUUGUCAACUAUUGCUGUCAGUCAUCCAAUUAUUGGAUAG